GCGGCGCCACUAGAUUGUACCAUAGCAACUCAUCUCGGUGUCGUCGUGAAAGCUUUCAACACUAUGAGCCAUACACAGUGAAAUGUAUCUGUCGGAUAGUGGCGUGAAAAUGGCGGUGUAAAAUGGCAGGACGUAGAUCGACGUUGACAAAUGCCGAUUCCCUAUCGGGAUCUGGAAACACCGAUCCUCUAAGGGAACUGUUCGAAGCAUGUAAAACCGGAGACCUUGCAAGGGUAAAGGCGUUGGUUACGCCGAAGACGGUCAAUGCUCGAGACACUGCCGGACGCAAGUCCACCCCUCUGCAUUUUGCAGCUGGUUAUGGUAGGAUAGAUGUAGUAGAAUUCUUGCUAUCUGCUGGGGCAUCCAUUCAAGCACGUGACGAUGGAGGUCUACAUCCUUUGCAUAAUGCUUGUUCUUUUGGACAUUCUGAUGUUGUAAGACUGCUCUUAGAAGCAGGGGCUAAUCCAAACACUAGAGACAAUUGGAAUUAUACACCUUUACAUGAAGCUGCAAUUAAAGGUAAAAUAGAUGUGUGUAUUGCUCUGCUACAACAUGGAGCAGAUGCCAAUAUAAGAAAUACAGAAGGGAAAACAGCAUUAGAAUUGGCAGAUCCUGCAACUAAACCAGUAUUAACAGGAGAAUAUAAGAAGGAUGAAUUGUUAGAAGCAGCAAGAUCUGGAAAUGAGGAGCGUCUUUUACAACUUCUGAAUCCUUUAAAUGUAAAUUGUCAUGCGAGUGAUGGCAGAAGAUCUACUCCAUUGCAUUUAGCUGCUGGAUACAAUAGGUCAAGACUGGUGCAAAUUUUAUUGCAAAAUGGUGCAGAUGUGCAUGCAAAAGAUAAAGGAGGUCUUGUUCCACUUCACAAUGCUUGUUCGUAUGGUCACUUUGAAGUGACUGAAGCACUUCUUAAACACGGUGCAGCAGUUAAUGCCAGCGAUUUAUGGGCAUUUACUCCGCUACAUGAAGCUGCUAGCAAAUCCAGAGUUGAGGUGUGCUCGUUGCUUUUAAGCGAGGGCGCCGAUCCGACUCAAUUAAACUGCCACAGUAAAAGCGCCAUUGACGUAGCCCCGACAUUGGAAUUACAAGAAAGAUUGACAUACGAAUACAAGGGACACUGCCUCUUGGAUGCCUGCAGGCAGGCAGAUCUUACUAAAUUAAAAAAGUACCUGUCCCAAGAAGUUAUAAACUUUAAACACCCAUAUACUGGGGAUACACCACUGCACUGUGCCGUUGCAUCUCCUUAUCCCAAGAGAAAACAAGUAAUAGAAUCCUUAAUUAGGAAAAAUGCUGCCUUAAAUGAGAAAAAUAAAGACAUUCUUACACCUCUUCAUGUUGCUACUGAUCAUUCUCAUUAUGAUGCAAUGGAUGUGCUACUUAGACAUAAUGCAAAAGUCAAUGCUUUAGAUGGAUUAGGGCAAACUGCACUACACAGGUGUGUUAGAGAAGACAAUGUGCAAGCUUGCAGAAUAUUGUUAUCAUACAAUGUUGAUCCAUCUAUAGUAUCACUUCCGGGCUAUACUGCAGCACAAAUAGCUGCAGAAAAUGUCCUUAAAAUAUUACAAGAUCCACCGAGUGGGACAGACGACGCGGAAGCGCAGCUAUUAGAAGCGAGUAAAUCUGGCGACUUAGCGGCAGUAGAAAGAAUUUUACGGACGAAUCCAUUGGCUGUUAAUUGUCGAGACUUAGAUGGUCGGCAUUCCACACCGCUGCAUUUUGCAGCGGGAUUUAAUAGAGUGCCUGUAGUUGAAUAUUUAUUGGCACAUGGAGCAGAUGUACACGCCAAAGAUAAAGGUGGACUCGUUCCUUUACACAAUGCCUGCUCUUAUGGUCAUUAUGAAGUAACGGAAUUGUUGGUAAAACAUGGUGCAUCUGUAAAUGUUGCGGAUUUGUGGAAAUUCACUCCACUUCAUGAAGCUGCAGCUAAAGGAAAAUAUGAAAUAGUUCGCCUGUUACUGAGACACGGUGCAGAUGCCACCAAAAAGAACCGAGACGGUGCAACACCUUUAGAUUUAGUAAGAGAUGGUGAUCAAGAUGUAGCUGAUUUAUUACGAGGGAAUAGUGCACUUUUAGAUGCAGCAAAGAAAGGAAAUUUAGCAAGAGUACAGCGACUUGUUACACAAGAUAAUAUUAAUUGUAGGGAUGCACAAGGUCGUAAUAGUACCCCAUUACAUUUAGCCGCGGGAUACAAUAAUUUGGAUGUAGCCGAAUUUUUGCUUGAACGUGGAGCAGACGUAAAUGCUCAAGAUAAAGGAGGAUUGAUACCUUUGCACAAUGCUUCAAGUUACGGUCAUUUAGAUAUUGCCGCAUUACUCAUCAAAUAUAAUACCGUAGUAAACGCUACUGACAAAUGGGGCUUUACACCACUUCACGAAGCAGCACAGAAAGGUAGGACACAGCUAUGUGCCCUUUUAUUGGCUCAUGGCGCGGAUCCUUUCUCGAAAAAUCAAGAAGGACAAACUCCUUUGGACCUAGCUUGCGCUGACGAUGUAAGAUGCUUAUUGCAAGAUGCUAUGGCUUCACAGCAAGUAGUACCGUCGAUACCAUCUGGUAACAGUGGCGUUGGAGUUGCCAUUAACUUAAACAGUAAUGGUAAUAAUACUAUUAACAGUAGGCCACCCAGUAUCGUUGCGGUUCCAGUUACGCCACCACCACCACUUACUCAAGAAACCGUCAUUAUGCCUUCUGGAACAGCUAUGACUCUAUGCGUACCACUUGCUAGACCAUCUUCUUGUUUAAGUCCAAUGCCGCCAUCUGAGACGUGUUCUGAAAGAGAUUCCAAAGAUUCUAAAGAUAAUUCGAAUAUUACGACUGUAGCCGGUUUUCUUCAGAGCCUUGGUUUAGAACAUUUAUUAGAAUUGUUCGAACGUGAACAAAUUACGUUAGAUAUAUUAGCAGAGAUGGGUCACGAAGAUCUGAAACAAGUUGGGGUAUCCGCGUAUGGUUAUAGACACAAAUUAAUCAAAGGCAUGGAAAAACUUUUAAAUACAACUGCCGGUACUCCGUGGCAACCGACUAUUACACCGGGGACGUUAUUAGUAGACUUAUUAGCUGAGGAUAAAGAAUUUCUAGCUGUUGAGGAAGAAAUGCAAAGCACUAUUAGACAACAUAGAGAUAAUGGCCAUUCUGGUGGUAUAUUUUCUCGGUAUAACAUAGUUAGGAUACAAAAAGUGCAAAAUCGUAAAUUAUGGGAACGUUACGCGCAUAGAAGACAAGAAGUUGCUGAGGAAGUUGGUGCAGCCGCGCCUUCUUCUCCGAGUACUGGAUCCAGGACUACUCCUGGAUCGAGCUUGCCACAGGCGAACGAGAGGAUGUUAUUUCAUGGUAGUCCAUUUAUUAAUGCGAUCGUUCAGAAGGGUUUCGAUGAACGACAUGCGUAUAUCGGCGGUAUGUUCGGCGCCGGAAUUUAUUUUGCGGAGCACAGUAGUAAAAGUAAUCAAUAUGUGUAUGGAAUAUGUGGAGGUACUGGAUGUCCUGCUCAUAAGGACCGAAGUUGUUACAUCUGUCAUAGACAUUUAUUACUUUGUCGUGUCACACUGGGAAAAUCAUUUUUGCAAUUUUCCGCGAUGAAAAUGGCUCACGCACCACCAGGACACCAUAGUGUAAUGGGUAGACCGUCCCAAGGUGGUCUAGCUUUCCCCGAAUAUGUUGUCUAUAGAGGCGAACAAGCAUAUCCAGAAUACCUUAUUACGUACCAAAUCGCGAGACCUCAGCAAGAAAGUGGUGGAAAUGAGAGUGUCGAAGAACGGUGAUCAGAAGAGUCUAGCCCAGCGGCAAGGUUUCGAAGUCUUUGUUGCUGUCAAAGACCUCGAACGUGUAACACUCUGUCUUGAAUCUGGUUGAAACAAAUUACGAUUUCGUUUUGGAAUCAAUUCUUCCAUUUUUUAUCUUCUUUAGCUGAAGUAGAAAAGGGUUGUUCGAAUGAAUCUACAAUACAGUGAUAGAUAAAUUUUAUCGAUAUAUAAGUAUAUAUAUCGGAUCUAUUCGUUCAACGUUGAAAAGAAAGAAGACAAUUGAUAGGAGAUUUAAUUUUUAGCAUUUAUUUUGUGAUAAUAUACUGGUCUAAUUAGACCACGCAAUCGUAUACAUGCCUGAUUAUUGAUGUAUAUUGACUGCAGUGUACAUAUAUCAGUAUGGAUUAGAAUAUAUCGAAGACCAGCAUGAUUUUUUAUGUAAAUUUAGGUGUCGACGAACGUGUUUAUCUUUAUAUUCAUACGUACGAAACGAUGUUUCAAUCAUCACAUCUAAUUGUCGAUUGAUUGCAGCGUGAUGUAAAACAUCUUUAAAAAAAAAAUCGUAUAAAUUUGGUGAAAAAGAAAAGCAUAGUAUUUCUAUAUCUUUGUCAAUUUCAAAGUAAAUAAUUGUGCUGGUUAAAGCAAUUACUUCAAUUACACGCGUUAUAGGUAAAGUCCGUGAGUUAAUAUUUAAUUUGUAAAUAACUAGAAAUACGUUGUAAGUCUUCAUAAUAUAAUCAUGAGCACAAUCUGCAGACUAAAGUCAAUUUGUUAUUGACUAAGUUCUGAAAAGGUAUAUCUUCCUAACAUAAAGAUGAAUUAAUCGAAUCGAAUCUCAUAAAUGAUUCCGUUCAUGGUAGAUUAAUUAAAAUAAUUAAUACAACGAAUCGUAUUAUAUUUAGUAUUCGUAUCGUCCGCACAUAAAUCUUCGUUUUAUCGUAUAAAAUUCAAUUCAAACUUUCACAUAAAACUAAAGUUUGGACUUUACUUAUAACAUGUAUAUACAUAAGCGAGUAUUUUAUAUAUUCGGUUGAUAUUUCAGACACAGAAUAAAUUCACUCGUGUUAUCGACAUUAUCAACAGGGUUCCUAUAAGCUCGUAGCAAUUUCAAAUACUGUACAUAAAUAUACAUUUUAUUGUACGUACAUUUUUUUUUUCUCCACGAUAUACUUCGAUUACAUUCUUUUAUCGUGUUUUUAUUACUCUUCUAUGUAUAAGUUUGGAUUCUUUUCUCAGGUGAUGAACAAUAUAUGUUACACUUCUCCAUUCAGUUUAUUGCAGGUUUAUACUUUCAUUUGUCAAAUUACACAACGAAGCUACUCUUUUCUUGUACGUUUAUAGCCGUAUAAACAUUAAAAUUGCGAGUAAAAAGUCGACAAAUCUUUUAAUGUGAAUCGUAUAAACUAAUUAAUAUAUCAUAAUUUUGUAUAUUUUAUUCUAUUAUAUAAAGAAAAGAAAGAAUAUCAAACAAGAUGAACUUAAUGUUCUGUAAACAAAAAACUAUUUUUAUUAUUAUUUAAUGAAAUUGCUAAAGAGAUCUCUUUAGAUAAUAGGAAUAACCACGCUUCAAUUAAUUCACGAUAUUAUUCGUACACAUAUGCGUUCAAUAUGGAGAUCACAUCUCUUAAUAUUAAUGGGAAAAAAGAAGUAUGCGAAUUUACAAUUGUACGUAUGUGAAGUACAAGAAAACAGAUGUUUUUACGAUAUCCGAACAUGCUCUUAAUAAUUAUUUAGGUGACGGUUUUUAUUUAUGGGUGUAUAUAUCGAAUAUAUGUGUUCGUUAAAUAAGUGCUCAAGAAACUGAUGCAACAAAUCAACAUUUGUUAAUUCUGCGCUCUUACACGAAGACACGAAGUAAUCAAUUAUUGUAAACUAACACAUGAAAAGAUUCUGUCCUUGUAUUUACUGUAUUCAACAGUCGACAACGUAUUCAAUUUCUAUGCUUUGACUGUAAGAAGAUAGACUGAUUCUAAGAAAGAAAAAAAUCGUUUUACUGUUA